AUGCCUGAAACUAAGCAAACUAGUUCUUCUUUGCCUCUAAACCAAAAUGCUUCCAGCAUUUAUUACAUUCAUCCAUCUGAUUCUAAUUCUGCUCAAUUAGUCUCCUUCAAGUUCAACGGACAAGGUUUUACCAGUUGGAAGAAAGCUAUGCUUUUGACCUUGUCUGCUAAAAAUAAAAUUGGCUUCGUGAAUGGAGUGUUUAAGAAACCAGUUGAUGAAACUACAACUGAUAACAAGGCUUGGGAGAGAUGUAAUGAUUUAGUGUGUUCUUGGAUACUCUUUAAUCUGGAUGAGAGUAUUGUUGAUAGUGUUUUGUUUAAGAGAACAACUAGGGGGAUUUGGACUGAUCUUGUAAAGACGUAUGGCUAUACUUUGCUUACUCAGAUUUAUUUACUUGAACGAAACCUGGCAGAUAUCAGUCAAGGUAAUCAGUCAGUUUCUGAGUUUUUCACUGGAAUCAAAUCUGUUUGGGAUGCAAUUGAUGAGAGGCAAUAUGUUGAUGAUGCAGUCACUUCCAAAGGUUACCGAAGCAUAUAUGAUGUUCUCUUAAGAAGAAAAGCACAGGGAGAUUUCCCAAAUGAGCACUCGGACUGA